AUGGAUAUCCAAGAACUUUCCAUAGGCUCCGAAAAGAGUUGGAAAGUGAUGUUUGAUUACCCUUUGGGGGUUGCAUAUGGACAUAUUAAAGAUACUCCUCUCAGUAUUAUUCUCCAUCGCCUAGGUAUCAACUAUCAAGAGAUGAGCUUCUCAAAAAAGCUUCAACUUCCAAUUGAAUAUCUACUCGAAGAAUUUGAAUAUGGUAUCGACGUAGUUGUCGCAGUUGGGAAUGAUGAUAAUGGGACUCUAUACAUUCCGACACCCUGCUGGAUCUCACCAUCUAAAAAGAAAAGUAAACUAAGGCUAGAUCUUACUAGAAUAAAUGCGACUUCAAUCCCCAAAAUAAAUUCAAUGCAGUUAUAUUCUCCAACGAAGUACCCUGAACCUAUGUAUAAGGGAACACUGGCUGACCAAGAAAAAUGUCUGGGGCCGUUACUCAAAGCCAAGUUUUUUACUGUCAGAGAUUUGGACUCAUACGUUCCAGUAAUAUUCGUGAACUGUUCCAAGAAAAAUGCCCUAGCAUCAAUGAAACAUAUUAGAUAUUGCAUUCAGUGUUACAAAGGGAAAAAAAGGUACUGCCCUUUUACCUUUAUAAAGAUGCUCCGUUUUCCGAUUCAAUACGAAAUGGAGAUAAAUGGGAGCAAGCGGAGGGAACAUCUCAUUAAGUUUACUAAUGGGAGUCUUUCCCAUGGUACUCUAGUGAGACGAUGCAAUCAGGUAGCAAAGGCACGUUAUGGAAAAGAUGUGAGAAAGGUUAAACUUCUCCUUACUGAAGCAGAGGUACCAGGCUUGUCUAAUUUAAGGAACUACAGAUAUAUGGGCUAUAUUGUAGCUGAUAGUUAUGUUGCAGACGGUCUAGAAUCAGAAGAUAGUAUGAAGCUACCUACAUAUGAUGAAGCUAUAGCAUAG